AGAUAAGGUUGGAUCUGCCAGCAGCAGUGUUAUUCACCGUCUGUAUUUCUCACGAUAGUCACCGUCACCGCAUGCGGCCGUCUCCGGCAAUCAGCAUCACCCCGUAUGCUGCUAUUCUCGAUAUAGCCCUACAGCACGCAGCCUAGUCGAGACUGGUUGAUCCAGACCGUACAUAUCUUCUUCCCCUUUCCCUCUCCCACGGCUGGCAGAGACACCAUCUCGCCCUCCCUCGCCCUCUCUCGCUCUCUCUAUCUCAAGGAAGGAGGCCCGAACCCCCAGAAAUAGACACGCCCUCUCCAUGACUGCUGUUGCGUCGCCACCCAGUGUGCAAUCCGCGCCUCGUCUAGGAUGGUACCCGACUGGUGACGGUGGACAAGGUUCCCUUUCCUCAAUGAGUGCAGACGAGGUCUCGCGAAUGUUGAUGCCACGCAAAAGCGUUCAACGGUCAAAUUCCUCUUCUUCCCUCUCCUCGAACUCCUCAACCUCCUCAACCUCGACGGUUACCUCCCAGCUACCGAUACAGGCUCAGAGUAAUGGUGUUUCUGUUCCAGCCCAGGGAUCCAGUGCAGAGUCUUCUUCCAACGCAACCACCAGAAAGAAACCGUCACGGUACACCUGGUCCAGCUCAAAGGCAGAUCCGGUCUCGGGCGUGACCAACACUCGGCCUCAGACGGUGUCUGUUCCUCCAUCGGGGGUCUCUGCCUCCUCGGCCAUGUCUGCUCUUCAUCAGACACCUCCCAUGGUCCCCCUGCAGCACAUCAUGCCACCACAGCAGAAUGGAAUACGUCCCGGGAGUAGGCAACCCCAUGAACCAGCCGUCGUGCUCUCUCUACUCCCUAUAAACGGUACAUUUGAACGGAAACAGAUCAACGUGCCUUACUUCCCAGAGGUACUGCGUAUUGGACGUCAAACGAAUGCCAAAACACUUCCUACUCCCGCUAAUGGAUACUUUGAUUCAAAAGUUCUCUCAAGACAGCAUGCUGAGGUCUGGUCUGACCGAGCUGGAAAGAUUUGGAUUAGAGACGUAAAGUCAUCGAAUGGAACCUUUGUCAACGGUCAAAGGUUAUCCCCCGAGAACAGAGACUCUGAACCCCAUGAACUGCGAGAGCACGACGUCUUGGAACUCGGUAUUGACAUUAUCAGUGAAGAUCAAAAGUCAAUCGUCCAUCACAAGGUUUCAGCAAAGGUCGAACAUGCAGGCAUCCAUGGACCUAAUAUGAACAUCUUAGACUUGAAUUUCGGUGACAUAGAUCCCACAACGGGUGGUGGACUCCUCCCACACCAUCUGAGUCAGCCUCUGUCUCAUAUGCGCGGCCGGGCUGGAAGUGCAUCCUCGACUGCAAGUGCAGCAAGUGUACGCUCCGGACAAAGUCUGCCUGGGAACCAUAUAAACCUUCUCCACCAGCAGAGGCAGAUGAACUAUUGGUCUUCUCCAAUUUCAAUUGAACAGGUUGUGAAAAAGCUUACGUGUGAGAUGAAACAGGCAAAGCAACUGAAUCAUGACCUUGGCCAAACCUCUGGUUUCCUCAGCACUAUAUCAAACCCAGAGACCUCCAACAAAGAGCGGGCCAGUCUUCUUAACAAUAUUGCCGAGAGCCCCGUUGGGACAAAACCACCUGGUCGGCCCAAGCUAAACAAGACCGAUUCCAUGUCGAGAUUCUCCGACCCUCCCGCACCACCCCCACAACAACCUCUUCCCGAGAAGCCUGACGCUCCACCGCGGACAUUUUCUACUGACUCGCUACCUAAAAUGUCGUUAAGAAGAAAUGAUACCGAGAAGGCCAAAGCCGCAACUGAUAUUACCCCGGCCCAGUCGAGCCAGAUUCUAUCUUUAAUUGAAGCCCUGACCACCACCAAGAAAGAAUUAGACCUGCAGGCUAGCAAAGUCAAGGAGCUUGAGAAUAUGCUGCGUCGUGAGCAGAGUGCUCGUGAAAGUGCUGAGGAACGUGCUCGAAAAUUAGAGAGCCAGCCACCCAGCCAGGCUUUGCUUCCCAACGGCACUCAUCCUGGACCAGACGAGCAAGUGGACAUGGACUUGGGCGUGGCCGAAGAAGAAUGCAAAGCUCUGGACGAUUCCACCACCACAACAGAAUCUCCAGACGGAAAAGACUUCAAGCCGAUCACCAACGCCGAGAGUGAGGAAGUGUCUUCCCCUAUAGUACCAGAGCCCUCGUCCGACGAACUGAAGCGCCGCAUCGACACGCUGCUGGCUGAGAUGGAAGCCGCGAAGAAGCAAAUGAACCAGUACAGGGAAUCUGCUGAGCGGGCGGAAAAGGAGGCUGCCGAGAGUCGCCAGACCCUAGCAGAAAUGAUUGAGAAGAUCCGACAGGAGAAGGCUCAAGAGAGCGCCGCUCCUGCUGCUGCCUCUCCCUCCAAGGGCUCGCUGCGGUCUAGAGGUGUCUUGGAAGCCGAGGUUGAGACUGCCACCGCCGCUCCUCCGGGUGAGGAAUCAGCAUCCGGCUCAUCCACCACCAACAUCGACAAGGUCACCGAGAAUUGUCGCUCCAUCGACCCGGAGAAAAUAAGGGAACUCGAAUCUGCGGCAGCGGCUUUCGCAAAGCAGCAGCGGCAGGACUCAGUGCUGCUUGAGCGGUCUGCACCUUAUGCCUCUAUGCUUGGUGUUGUUUUGAUCGGAGUCGGGAUAAUGGCGUACCUAAAUGGUUGGCAUAAAGUCGAACGAUAACCGAUUCGUUAUGUUGCUUGCUUUCGAAUGAUCAUGAUACCCUUCCAUUUGUCACAUCUCAUGUUAUCGAUAUAUUCUACGACUUAAACUCUUUGUUUUAUUCAUUUCGAACUCCAGCGACCACAGCUUGUUGAGUCGAGCAUUGCAAAAGACUAUCUGGCCCAUCCGUGGACUCGGCAUCCUCCCCCUGACCGACCCGAUAGACGAAUGGAUCGCUUUAAUCAUCUCUCCCCCGCCCUCUUAUCCUAUUUAUUCUCUCUUCGUUUCUUUUUUUUUUUCUUCUACCUACCUGCCAGAUGUUUUGCGCGCUCGAUUCUCCUUUGUGUCUCUUAAUUUAGCUCCUACCCCUGUACCUCUAAACUGACUUACUUACCACUGGUUGAUGCCAAGUGCUCCUGGAUCAAACGCCAACGGUGUAUCCGUUUAACCAGACGCAUUAACGACCUUUCUUCCCACUUUUCUCGAUAUCCCGGGACCCUGCCUGCCACCAGGCUGGCAACUAUUUUUUUGUUUACUAUCAACGAAUUUUCUUGCCUUUACUCCAACCUCAACAUCACCCCCUUUUUCCUCCUGUACCUCUCUACUAACCCAACUACAUUCCUUCCUUUCAUCCAGUGUUCCAUUUCCUUUUGAUGCCUUUUCCUCUUUUGCUUACUUGCUUCUUUUUUCUUGUUUAAUGCCUUUUCUUCUCAUUUUUUUUUUGCUUUUGCUUUUGCUUUAUUACCAUGGGCAUUUUUGCUGGAAACCCAUCAUUGAGCCUGUUUUUUUAAUUUUUCUACUUUUUAACUUUAUUCUCCCCGAAAUGCC